AUGAGAUUCGGCAAAGAAACAGGUUUGGGUUGGAACCAUGAGACGGGAACCAUUGAAGCUGAUGCCACAUGGUGGGAAGCCAAAAUAAAAGUCAAUCCAAAAUAUGCUAAAUUUCGAUAUCAAGGGUUGGAACACGUUGAUGAAUUGGAAUUUAUAUUUGGGGAUACAGUAGCCACUAGUCAAAAUGCAUGGACACCAGCGAUGGGUAUACCAAUUGAAGAUAAUGUCAGAUCUACAAAUCUAACUCCGUUACAAGACAAUGUUGAAUUUGAUGCUGAAGAAUUCAAUUGUGAUGAAGAUGACAAUCCUAUAGUAAACACUGAAAUGAAGAGGAAAAAAAUGGUGCUAGAAGAAAUGGGAAAAAAAGUGGCAAAGGGUAAGACAAAAAUUGGGACUGCAGCAAGCUUGCAAAGAACAUUGGAACGAUUGUGCGAGCCAGCAGAAAGUCAUAACGCAACUGAAAGUGCUGAAAUUUCAAUGUCAUCACAAGCCAUAGGACAAUACAGUAUUCCAGAGUGUGUUCGAGCAAUGAAAUAUCUACAAAAUGAGGGAAGAUUGAGUGCAGAUGAAUUUAAUUUUGCACUACAGUUGAUUAAAAGGGAAGAAAAUAGACUCAUUUUUAUUUCUUUGCCAGAUUUAAGUGAUAAGCUAAAUUGGAUUCAAUAUGAGCAUAAUCUAUCAAAAAAUUCCAAUGGGAUUAGCUGA